UGAGCCUUGAUGUGGGCUGCAUUUAGCUUUGUUAACACAAAGGUGGUUCAAUGUGUAAGCUUAUUAAAUCACUGCUUCUGUCAUGGCGUUUUGGGCUGUUGUACUAUUCAUCCAUGUUUGGAUGUUGCUCGUUGUUGAACGACGAUUUGAGAAAUGCUGCCUUUGCCGAUCCAGACUUUAGCCAUUCAUUUGUUUUGCGAUCAAACAAUGUAAGUGAUUCCUUCAGAGAGAUACUGACCGGUCGCAAUCAGAUGCCAUUUCACAUUAGAGUGCAUUCCAAGGUACUUAGCGGAGUGAACGCUGGAUUUUUCUUUGAAGCUGUUGGUGCUAUUCAAGUUUCUGCAGAACCUGAGAAUCAUCCAUUUGGAGGGUUAGUCUUUGCUUACGAUAGAAGACGUGUAAGGAUAUGGGCUCCUUCACUUUUUGAAGAAACUGGCUCAAACGGACAAAUCAUAGUUGUUGGAAAAGACUGGGGUGGUCAAAGUUACAGUCAAACAUAUGAGAAAGCACUUGUUGUUGUUCACAUUUGGUAUACUGGCCCUUCCCCAACAUUUCAAGCCAACACAAUAGUAAACACGGCCGAUCCAAAACAUGUCUUUGUAAAAAUCAACCAUAAUCUUGAGCAGAUACCAGAACGUGUCAUGGUCAGAGUGACCCCCUACUCAACCAGUGACUCCAUUCCCAAUCAUGGUUUUUGGUUCAAUGGCAUAACUGCAAGUCAAAAUUCAAAGAAAGAAGGAUAUGGAGGGGUGAUUUUUGCAUAUGACACAAAAAGUAUUUUGCUGUGGGUUCCCAGCUCUAACACCAAAAGGACAGGCUGCAUAUUUGUGGGAAACAAAUGGGGUCGUGGACGGUAUGCGGAGAAUACUCAGAAAUGCAUGGUCCAUAUUUUUGCAUGGGUUUUGAAGUUUCCUGUUCCUUCAUUCAAGACCGAAUGGUAUGCCAUGAUCUCUCAAGGCCGAAAUCCUUAUGAAACUUUUUUGGAGGUGAAUCACAACUUGAACAAACUGCCACUGCUUGUGGUUGUUCAGGGCCAAAUAGGCACUAAUGGCCUCAUCUUUGAGGGUACAGGAACAGUCAUGUCAUCUGAAAACAACACCGGAGGCUAUGGAGGCAUAUUGUUUGCCUAUGAUGAAAACUAUGUUCGUGUUUGGUUACCAAAGAGGUACAAGGAGGAUACCAGGGGAUAUGGUAUACUUGUGAAAGAGGGUUGGGGGGAUGGCCACAUGCUACAGGCUGUCCAUAAAGUGUCCAUCCGUGUUAUUUUGUAUUCGUCAAUCUGUGAUCAAAAGAUGCACAUGAUAACAGAUAAUGGUGAAUGCAAAGCCAUGCCUUAUAACUCCUUUCAAUGGGUUAUUGGACCAUGGAGCAAGUGUUCAAGUAUCUGUGAUAAGGGUGUAAAUCAUCGGGAAAUUUUAGGUUGCAGCGUGUCCACGAGGGAAACUGUUUUGGAAUGCGAUUUUGCCAGAGACAUGUGCGGAUGGCACUCCUUGCCAAUCAAGAGUUGGUCACGUGUUAAGAAUACAAUCGUCAAUGCCUCCGAUAACUUUGGUUGA